CAGGAAGUCUUCAAUCAUGUUUUUCUCGGGAAUUUGUGCUUUCACUUUCAUUUCAAUCAUUACACCCACCAAGAUCAUCUACGAUUUGGAUUGACAUUCCAAUAUAACCUGUUCAUCAAACGGUUUAUUGGAGAUUGAUCUCAUUCGUGAAGUAAUAAGUCAGAGACGAUCCAUCCAACAGAUCAACCAGGCAUGGCAGGAAUCAAUAGAGUUGUGCUUUGCGUUAGUGUAUUUUUAACACAAGUUCACUCAAAUGGUGUCCAGCAUAUGAACCAAGGGAAUAGUGCUAUUAUUCAUGCAAUAUCUCCAAAUGACAAAGGAAAACUUGAAGGUUGUGAUGGAACCAAGCUGACUGGAUCCUGGUCUCCAAAAGCACUCAGUUCUGGAGCCUCAAUAAAUGUUGCCCUCUCUCUUAUACCAAUGGCUGACUUUCAAGAGGGAGUGGGAACUCUCAAUGUGUGGAUCCCCAAUCAGCCUAACCCUAUCAUCAGACAGAAGCUAAAUCUGAACUGUAUGGAUCUUCAGAAGUACUUGCCAGUUGCUUGCCCCUUACAGAAAGGAAAGAAGUAUAAUGAUACCAGGACCUUCACAGUGCCAUCUCCUUUCCUUCCAGCUGGUACCUAUAAGUUGAAAUUACUUGUCCACAAUGAGCACGAUGAUGAAGUUGCCUGUGUGGAAAUUCCACAGAUCACUAUUAAUGACAAUUACGACUAUGAUGAUGAUCCAAACUAUGAGGAUUAUUACUAAACAGACUUUGAACAAUUUGAACAUCUAGCUGUUCAGUCAAAUCUGUAAACAUACAGGGCGUAUAAAAAAAACGCAACAAGUACUAGUAGUUAUCUUGUAAAAUCACAAAACUAGUGAUGACUACAUCAAUUUCAUUUAAUGUACCAUAAAGCCAUGUCUCUCCUC